AAGAAGCAAGCAGGAAGAUUCAAAAUGCCAAAAUAGAUAAAGAAGAGUUUCAGAAGUUCAAGUUGCUUGCAGAAUUCUAUCAAAAAAUUGUGAAUGAAGUAAGAAAAAAGAAACCCUAUUGGUUAAAAGAAAAAAUUAAGAUAAAACAAGAGACACAUACCUUAGGAAGACAAUGCAGGCCUAAUACUCCAGAAAGAAAGAAGCAAACAAGACACUUGGCAAAAGGAAGAGCCCAAACCUCUAAUAAUACAAGAACUAAAAGUGAUGACUCACCUGAACAACAUGGCCUUUGGCAAUGCUACAAUUUAAGAAUGGAUAUAGCUGAAAAUAAAAAAGGAGCAUUUCAACAUGCCCAAUGUAAUGAUGAUGAACAUUAUAAAAAUAGAAUUGAAGUUAAAAAAGCUGAAUGUAAUGAAGUCAAAAAGAACAAACAUAUUGGAGUUGAAAAUGAUAAACCAAUUGAAGUUGAAGAAGAUGAAUGA